CGUGACCAUUGAACGUGGUGCGGUGAAGUGGAGGGGAGGUCGCAGCCUGGCCAACCUCAUGUGGCUGCUGCUCGUGACGAUGGCUGCGGUGGCGGCUGUGCAGGGUGCACAGUAUGGUGACUAUGGGGCGGCAAAAAUGCCAGCGUACGGAGAAUACGAAGUACCUCGAGAUCCACCACAAGACUACCACCUGCCGUCUGCUCCCGCCUCCCCCGAACUUUUGGACGAAGUGGACAAUAAAGUUAUUACUCAAAAGUCUUUGAGUAAGGAUUACGCAUUCGACUCGUGGCAUAAACCGUCACGAAAGCAAUCGAAACGAGCGCGCAAUGACGACGAUUUUCUAGAAAGACGGAAUCGUGAUAAUGGUGGUCAGAAAUAUAGAGAGGACGAUGACAGGAUUCAAUCAAAAACUGAAAACUCAAGAGAUAUUCGGGCGCGAGUGAAACACAAACGUGACCAAACCAGAGAAAAAGAUGAUGAAGAGUUCUCUAUAGAAAAAUAUAUUCGAGGUAUUAAUGAAAAUAAUUUAGAAGCGGAUGUGGCACGUUCAAAUAGAAAAACUACUGACAGAGUUAUACAUCGUAAAGCUAGAGAUCGAGAUAUGCAAGUUGGUGCUGCAUUCAAAGAGAGCGAUUUUGACGAAGACUUGAAUUCUAAUAGAUUCAAAAAUCACGUUCCGAAUCCGGAUUUAAGAGAAAUAGAAGAUCCUAUAGAUGAAAUACGGUCAGACGACGAAGCAGGUCUGCAGUCAGGAUCGGAAAGUCGUUCGGGAGCACAACCUAUAGACCGGAGACAGGGGGAUCCGUCCCGUCGACGCGGUUACGACGAUCCGCCACGUCUAAGGCCGGCUCAGCGAGCGCGACUGGAGGCAGGUUCAGACAAGCCUGGAGACUACGAUACAGACUAUUACGAUGUCAAGAGACUGCAGAGCAUGAGGAAGAAAGUGCUUCCACCGCGGCGGUUCUACCAAGAUGCUGCCGCUAACGAAACUCCAAGGUACGAGAGCGUCACACCCAAUGCAGGGGGUUUGACGAGCAUAGCCAGCGUGGCAGAGAUUGAGCUGUCCAGAUUGUUGACGGGGGGCCGUCAGCGUAAGGAGGCAGGGGAGCCUCCUAGGGAAUCCACUAUCGAUCCUCCAGCCGAAGCCCCAGUGGUCAUCAAUGAUCCACCGACCACUGACCCCGCCAUGAACCUGAACGUGGUAAAUCCACUAAUGCAUCGAGCCUGGAAAGAGUUCAUAGCAGCAAACUCCGCAGCCUUUGUUAGUCCUUGCUUGAAUCUAGCUCUCAACCUUUUUGCUAUAAUAAAUGUCUUACAAGGAUUAUAG